CUAGGGCUAGGUCUCUCUUGGCUAGGGCAUUGGUUCUUGGCUCCUCCGGCGCCAUGGCUUCGUCGCUGAUCCGGGAUCUCGGGAGGAAGCUGGCUCCGCGCAUUGCAUCGGCGGCGGCGGGGUCGACGUCGUCCUUCCACACCUGCUCCUCCGGUCUCUCUCGGGGCGCGGCGUGGAGCGCGAGCAAUGCGAUGGCGAACUGGGAUUGGGAGAAGCAAGAGAAAUCCUCCUGGGGCAGCUGCGCCACUCCCUGGAGCUAUUCCACCACACGAGGCUGCGCACUGACGCGAGGGAGCGAGGCGCUGACGCGAGGAGGCGAGGACUCAUCGCCCUUCCUCACGGCGCUGCGCAACCCCACCGCCAACAUUGUCUACGACGAGAGCGUGGUGGAACGCUACCCGCCCGGCGACCCCGACCGAGCGGCCUACAUCUACUUCGUCGCCACGGGCACCCGGUUCGUCUACGCGGCGGCCAUCCGCGUGUUCAUCCUGCGCCUCAUCAUGACCAUGUCCGCCAGCGCCGACGUGAUGGCGCUCUCGAGCCUGGAGGUGGAUCUCAGCAACAUCAUCGAGGGCUCCACGAUCACGGUCAAGUGGCGAGGCAAGCCGGUGUUCAUCCGGCGCAGGACCCCGGACGAGGUGGCCACCGCCAACAGCGUUCCCGUGAACUCUCUCCGCGACCCUCAGCAGGACGCGGAGCGAGUGGUGAAUCCCGAGUGGCUCAUCGUGAUCGGGGUGUGCACGCAUCUGGGAUGCGUGCCGCUGCCAAACGCGGGGGAUUACGGAGGCUGGUUUUGUCCCUGCCAUGGAUCGCACUACGACGUGUCUGGGCGAGUGCGCAAGGGGCCAGCGCCGCUCAACCUCGAGGUGCCCGAGUAUAAGUUCAUCUCGGACACGACUGUGUUGAUAGGGUAGAGAGGGAAGAGGCGAGCACCAGAAUCUCCAAGGCAAGAAGAAGAGACCCCAUUUUUCUCUAAGAACUUUGCUAUGUUGACGAAGAAGAAGAUGAGCUGAGCAGCGGCUGCCUGGCAUCUUGUUGGUUUUCUUUCCAACCAGAGAAUAAGAGUGAGAUUGUAAACUUGUAGCUUGUGUCAUAAAAAAGUCACUGGAUCUAAGUUCAUAUAAACCAAAGUUAAUAAGUGUAAAACUACAUUAAAUGAGCAUUAAACUACAUUAAACUA